ACUUAAAAUGACUCAGAUACCCACAUUUGUUUUUCUCAAAACCUGCCAUGUUGAGGCACAUUAGAUACACGUGCAUCUCUUUGUUUUCAAUGAUAUACUGCAUGAACAGAUGUAACCUAUUGCCAAUGUCAUAAGGGCUCAGAUAGAUGUAGCAUCACAUGACAAGGCUGGAGGUGAUAAAAGGUGGAGCAGACCUCAGAGCUAGUACAAGCAGCUAGCUGUUAAAAAUUCAGAGGGCAGGGAGUACUUCCUGAACGUCCCCCUCUCACACAUGCAACGGAAACUGCAUAGCUACUUCAGCUACAGUGGGAAUCUGGCUUCAUUAUUCUUCGGACAUACACAACAGUGUUCAACUUAAUGAAGGUUGAAUUUAGAACAGCGGCCUGCAGACUGUCACCUGGUUGGAGAAGUGUGGAAUAAAGACUGACGGAGGGAGUGGGCAGAGGGGUUUCCAUCUGCUUCUCAGUGUAACUUCCGAUCUGCUAAGUAAAGCCUAAAACAGUAUGUUGGACCAAAGUGUAGAGGUCAACAUCUCUGGGACAGACUGUGUAUCAAGAGGCAAGUGUCCACAAUCCAAGACAGGAAAGAGUCUCAUUCUUGGACUGGACUCCAUCCAGUGGACUCCGGGACCGCUGGGCAAAGUCCCUAUAGUCUCUUGGCAGAGCCCGGAGAUGUCAUGUGGUGACAAAGCCAAACUGGUGCCCAAGAUGGAGACCAAGAUCUACCGGCGACGCUGGGUCAUGCUGUUUCUCUUCAGCGGUUUGUCAGCCAGCAACGCCUUCAUGUGGCUGCAGUACGGCAUCAUCAGCAACAUCUUCAUGCGCUUCUAUGACAUCGACAUGCUGGCCAUCGAUUGGCUCGCCAUGAUAUACUUCCUCAGCUACAUUCCGCUCAUUGUGCCUGUCCUGUGGCUCCUGGACAAGCGGGGCAUGCGCGAGGUGGUUCUGGUCGGCGCCGCUUUCAACUGCAUCGGCGCGUGGAUCAAGAUCGGCAGCGUCGGCCCGGGGCUCUUCGUCGUCACCUUCCUUGGCCAGUUUGUGUGCUCUGUCGCCACUGUGUUUGUCCUCGGUAUCCCUUCUCGUCUGGCCUCUCUGUGGUUUGGCCAGGGAGAGGUGUCCACGGCCUGCUCUAUUGGCGUAUCGGGGAACCAGCUGGGUAUUGCCAUUGGGUUCCUUGUGCCACCUAUUCUUGUACCCAAUGUUGAAGACAUGGAGCAGCUUUCUUAUCACAUCAGGAUCAUGUUCUACAUAACAGCCGGAGUGGCCACGUUACUCUUCAUUCUCGUUGUUACUGUGUUCCAGGAGCGCCCUGAACUUCCACCUACCCAGGCCCAGGCCACGGCUCGGAGCAUCCCCCCAGACCAGUACUCCUACACUGCCUCCAUCCUCCGGCUGCUCCGCAACAAGCCCUUCAUCCUCCUCAUCAUCAGCUAUGGACUGAACGUUGGUUGCUUCUACGCUGUGGGCACUCUGCUCAACCGCAUGAUCAUUGAACACUACCCUGGAGAAGAGGUGAACGCCGGGAGAAUAGGCCUGACGAUAGUCAUCGCAGGCAUGGUCGGCUCCCUGAUCUGCGGCUUCUGGCUCGACAGAACCAAGACCUACAAACAGACCACGCUGGCUGUGUACCUCAUGUCACUGGUGGGGAUGGUGGUCUAUGCCUUCACUCUCAGUCUAGGCCACCUGUGGGUGGUCUUCAUCACUGCUGGAGCUCUCGGGUUCUUCAUGACAGGUUACCUGCCCCUGGGGUUUGAGUUUGCUGUGGAGCUCACCUACCCAGAGUCAGAGGGGACCUCGUCAGGUCUUCUCAAUUGCUCUGCGCAGGUGUUUGGGAUCAUCUUUACCAUCUGCCAGGGAAAGAUCAUUGAUGAAUAUGGCACGUUGGCAGGCAACAUUUUCCUCUGUGUCUUUCUCCUCAUUGGCACUAUAAUGACAGGUUUUAUCAAGUCUGACCUUAGGAGACAGAAAGCCAACCAGUUGGCCAGAGCAGCGGCGGAUGGACAGAUUGCGGGGCACGACUACGGGGCCACGGCUCUAAUCAACCCAGCACCGCCUCCUCAGGCUUGAUCAUUAAUCUCACCCAUCUACUCCCCACCCCCCCAACCCCACCCCUCCACCCCCCAAAUAUUUUGUAUUCUUCUUCUAUGCUCUACAAACAGAUGGUCUAAGGAACCGUCUGAAAAUCAGGAUGGAAUCGUGCCUUUGCCUGCAGUUCUAAAUGAAGCAAAGCUUUAGAAUAUGUGUUGUAAAUUACCAGCAUGUUACAAAAAUAAUAUUGUAUUUUUGGAUAAUAUCUGGGGAGGAAUAUAGUGCUAUAAUUCUAUAGAGAUUCUAUAUUGUACUUCAACUUUACUGCAGUGUUUAUUACAUUGCUGAUUGACAAUAUGGAAGAUUUUACAUUUAAUUUGUCCUUAAAGUUUUCUAAUUAACAGUAGUUUAAGUAAGCAUUUGUGCUGCAUCUUACCUAACAUUUUUUACAAUAACACCUCAGAUAAAAAUACAGGAUUGUUACUAUGACAACAAAGCUUUUAUUUGGAGUCUUUUACAAUACUGAUCAAAUUCUGAUAUUAAUUGGUAUUUAUCAAUGUGAAUUGUUAUUACAUCCCAUUUUUCAAUGUGUAGCAUAUUGUAAGAUAUUUUUUACUACCUGUAAAAAAAAUAUAUAUAUAUUUAGUUUGUUAUAGUUACAAUACACAAGAUUUACUGUAACUGCACUUUGGGUGGUGUAUGUCGGUUCUUCAAGAAAUAUAUAAUAAAAAAAACACUUGAAUCUUAUACUUAAAUGUCAUGGGUUACUGUGUAAGUAUGCAAUACUGUCCUAUGCAAAUACUACUUGUACCUAAAGAAACAAAACUAUUGCAGAAUCUCUUUGUGACUUUUCUGUUCUUAAGUUGUGCAUUUGUUUCAAUGUUUGCUUCCAUAAUGUGCCACUAGAGAGCGAUAUUGCCAUAUAAAUGAGGAUGCAAUAAAAAAAUGUCCAAACAUGGGGUAAUGAUGAAAUCACAUCACUUUAAAACAGUACAGAAUGUGAGAAUGAGUUAAAGGUGUGAAAUAUCUGUUCAAGUUAAGCAUCUAAUGUAAUGACAUGAAAGUUGUAAUACUUAUACUUAAUCUGGAGCCUCAUUUGAUGUAAAUGUCAUAUUGUUAAUCUUUCUCUAACAUCUUAUGCCUUUGUGUCUACUUAAAUCAGUCAACAAUGUAGUCUUAGUUAAGGUCACCGGUUUAGUCAGGCUUUUAUUUUGCAGCAAAGCCCCAUAACUUGUAAAGGUUGUCUUAGAAGCCAUAUUCAC